AUGUUUGUGGCGAGAAACAUGAAACAGGCCAUUCGUUUUAACUCGACCAUAAAGCCAUGGUAUCUAAUAAAGACCCCCCUCGAACAAAAGCAAACACUCGAACCCAUAACGUACCCACAUAACACGCCGAACUCCAUCAAAGACAUUAUUGUCCCAGAAUUGCAAAACCUAGGUCUGACGGACAUUAAAAUAUUUGAUCAACGUCCGCUACACAAGGGUCUUUAUAUCCUUUCAACGGGGAAAUCUGCCUUGCAUUGCUCUAAAUCAUUCGUGGAACUGAAUAAAGUUUUGAAAGAUAAGUUUCCUAAUUAUGUUUUGCAAAAAGAGGGUAUUGUUAAUCCUAAUGAUACUAGGAAGGCUCAAAGACGGCUUGAGAGAAGGAACAUUAAUUCGAGAAGUAGAAUUGUCGAUGAUCCUAGGGGUGAUAAGGACUCAUGGGUUAUGAUUCAUUGUAAAGCAGACGAUGGUAUAUUUAUUAAUAUGAUUACAGAACAAAGGAGGCAACAAUUAAAUUUGGAAGAAUUGUGGGCCCCAGAUGAAGAAAAAUAUUUGUAUGAAAGGAAAGAGGAACCAAUGGGAGAGGAUUCUAGGAAUGGAAAUGGUGAAGAAGGUGAUAUUCUUUCUGGGUUGCGAAGGUUGGCUUAUCAGAGAAGGCAUUUUUCGACAACUGCGACUAACAUUAAUGAUUUGAUUUUGCAAGAACGAUAUGAAGAAGCUAAUGAAUGGUUACAACAGGCAUAUCACGCUCAGAACUCAUUACUUAAAUUAGAAGCAAUUACAGAGAUACUAUCAAAAGUUAAGUUGUCAUUGCCAACUAAAAUGGCAGUGACUAAUUGGAAAGCAUUCUUUGAUAAUAAUUGGCCGAGAGACCCAUCAAAAUUGAAUGAAUUUUCCACUCUUAAUGGUUAUUGGCUUAUUCGGUUAAAAUUCCUAACGUUACUGAACACUUUAGAUCCAAUAAAUUAUGACUGCACCAAUUUUAUCAAUGACUACUUUCUAUUGAAGAAAUCAAUGGGGUGUAUUCUUGGUAAAAAAGAUCUCGUACCUUUUCUCAGAACAUUAAUUGCUCAGGAGAUUUUGACAAAAGAAGCUCUAGAUAAGAGAAAUAAGAUUGUUGUAGAUACUUUGAAAUUAUUCAACACGCUAGAGACUUCAGCGGAAAGUAAUAUUCUUUCAAAUACUGAAGUAAUGUCUUUGUUGUUGCAAAGUAUGGUUGAACACAAUCCACCCUUGAAAUUAGAUGCCCUUCACGAGGUAGUUGAUCAUAUUUGCUCCACAGCACCUAAAUAUUUGAGUUCUCAUGUUAUAGUCUCGAUAGUGAAGGUAUUAAUUGACUCCAGGGAUUGGAACAAGUUAUUCCAAUUUUGGGACGUUCAAAUUCCCAACAUUAAACCUAAAACUGAUUACAGACCCUGGGCACGCUUUAUCGAGCUAAUUGUCGAUUCAGGCGAGGCUCCAUUGAUGCAGAAACUGAUUAUAGAGGAUCAUUUGCUGAAUAUAAAACGAUAUGGAGCAUUGAUAAACGAAAACACAAGAGAACAGUUAAAUCGAUUGUUCAAGACAAUAGAUCCAGAGGCCACUUAUUACAAAGAACUUAAAGAUUACUUGUUGCAGUGA